AUGGCGAUUGGUCCUCUUGGAAGAAUUAUUGCUCAGUUCGUCGUGGUUGCCGGCUCCGCCGUCGGCAGGGCUGUUGUUCAGGCCUACAAAGACGCGGCGAAACGUGGCGCACUCAACGCCGGCGCAGCUGGGCGUCAGUCUCUCUCUCUCCGUCCGAGAAUGUCGGCGGAUGAAGCCCGUCGGAUCCUCGGUUUGGAUACCUCUGGGUCGUCGUCUGCUCAGCUGUGCCGACAGGACAUCGAGGCUCGACACAAGCGCCUGUACGAGAUCAACGCACCUUCGGGAACGUUUGCGGGUUCUCCAUAUUUGCAGAAGAAAGUCGAUAUCGCAAAAGUAAUAUUGCUGGAGAAACUGGCGGAAGAUGAGCGAACAACAGCAAAAGAGAAGAACAAAGACACUCAAAACUGA